CGGAAGAGGUCAUCAACAAGACCAUGCGUUGCUGCUGGGAGGCCGCGUACGAGCAGCACUGGCGCGGGUACGUUGAGAGCGUCGUCAACGGCCGCUUCGGCGCCGCCGAGGUCCGCGCCUACGAGGCCAGCGCAGAGGACCUUGCGAACAUGGAGCGGCUCUUUGCGUUGCUGCAGGACGACGACCCGCCAUCGCUGCUCGACGAAGGCGAUGGCUCGUACGAGUACCACACGCCGGCCAACGUCUCGUUCGAGUACAGCACACCUGGUCCGAGGAAGAAGCGAUUGCGACCCAGCAGCGGCAGCAAGAGCAGUUUCUUCCCCGAGUUCGACUCCAAGGAGCUGCAAGCGAGCCUCGAUGAUGUGUCCAUGACGCUCUGCCGGCGCAUGGCAUCGCUUUCGCCCAUCACGGGAGACCGCUCGGGUACGACGGCGACAAAGCCCCUUCUAACCUCUGGCACGGACACGAGCGUGAUCCCGUUCCGACUGCCGGACGACGACGAGGUCGAUGAAGACACGCCGACGCCAACACUAGAGCAUCUCUCGCGCACGCUUGUGCAUGCAUCGCCAGCGCAUCCAUCAGGACGACCUCCUCUGCGCCAUCUGCGACUUCACAUGCCACCGAGCGAGAAGCAGGCAGAAGAGACAGCACCCGAGCAUGCUUUGGACGAGUCGAUGGACUACUCGUUCGGCCACAACAGCAAUCACGACGACGAAGACGACGAUGCUGGCGUGAUGCGUGACGAGCUUCUCCAAGACGCACCCGACAUGUCCAUCUUGCUCAGCCACCUGGGCAUGAUGCCGUCGCUGCCCGACUCGGAGGACGACCGGGACGAUUUCCCCCAAAGUGCUGCAACGCCGCAGGCAAACAAGAAGCUACUGCAAGGACGCCAUCGGCUCAAGCAAGCGCAGAGCGUGCCGAGCAAGAAGACCAAAGCGCUGCUUCGGCGGCAGUCGGUUUACAGCGAGGUCUCAAGCUUCGACGGCGACGACGCCUCGGGCGACCUUUCCAUGACAUCGCCGAUCGCCAAGCACGUGCAGACGACGCGAGGGCUUGCGCUGCAGUCGGCCACCAAGAAGCCGGCGCAUGUGCUCGAGCCGUACCAAGAGCGCGCGGUCGACUGGAUGUGGCAACGGGAGCGCCCCGGUGUCCUCGACGAGAUCAAGGGCGGCAUCCUCGCCGACGAAAUGGGUCUCGGGAAGACCGUGAGCUGCCUCGCGCUCAUCGAGCGGUCGCGCGACGCCAACGCGACGGAGAAGUCUCGGCCCACGCUCAUCAUCGCGCCGCUCUCGCUCCUUCAUCAAUGGGAGCGCGAGAUCAAGCACAAAACGUCCCUCUCCGUCGGCGUCUACCACGGCACGGACCGCAAGCGGUUCCGGCGCGACCCCGACUUUCACGCGUUCGACAUUGUGCUCUCGACCUACGACGUGCUUCGCUUGCCGGAAGUCGCGAUCCCUGUCUCCAUGGUGUACCGCACCGCGCCGCGCAAGGACACGUCAUGGAUCGCGACCAAGCGGCUGCGCGAGGAGAAGGUCCUUCUCUCGAAGCUCCACCGUGUGCACUGGGACCGCGUCAUCCUCGACGAAGCCCACUUGAUUGCCAACAUGACCGCUGCCCGGACCCAAGCUUCGUUUCAGCUGCAUGCGCGGGCGCGGUGGUGCGUCACAGGCACGCCGAUCCAGAACCGAUGCGAGGACCUCCACCCGCUCUUCAAGUUUAUUGGCAUCCCGCGCAUCGGCGACGAGACGCACUUGGCGUCGCUUGUCGACUUGUACCUCCUCCGGCGGCUCAAGUCGGCCGCGAACGCGAAUUUACCGGAAAAAGUCGACGAGCGCGUCCUUUUGACGUUUGCGACCGACGCCGAGCGGCUCUGGUACCGCCAAGUGCACCACAUUACGCGGCGAGAAGUCCAAGAAACCCUCACGAAAGCCACGGGCCUCCACGUCUUCGAGUUGCUUCUGCGAUUGCGUCAAGUGUGCGACUCGCCGUCGCUGCUCACGAUGCCGCUCAUCAACGAAGACGGCUCGCGCCGCCACAUGCCGCGCGUCCCGCUCUCGACCAAGAUGCAAACGCUCUUUGACGCGCUGCGCGCUGCGACGGCCGCGCACGAGCCGUGCCUCGUCGUCUCCGAGUGGCGGUCGUACUUGGAUCUGCUCCGCGAGCAACUGCAUGCGAUCAACCCCGAGAUCUCGGUCGCGCAGCUUGACGGUCGCAUGGCACCCCGGGAGCGCGCGCAGGUUGUCGAGGCGUACCAAGGCGGGCACCUCAAUGUGCUCUUCCUCUCGCUCAAGAGCGGUGCGCUGGGGCUCAACCUUACAGCGACGCGCCGUGUCUUUGUCAUGGAGCCGUGCUGGAACCCGAGCCUCGAGAGCCAAGCCAUUGACCGCGCGCACCGCAUUGGCCAAACGCACCGCGUCAUUGUGACGCGGUACAUCAUGAAGGACACGAUCGAAGAAAAGAUCUUUGCCAUGCAAACCGAGAAGCGCGCGAUGAUGACGGCCGUCUUGCGGGACCGCAUCACGGACAGAGGCGCGCCACGUGCGCUGAAGCGCAAGGACGUGAUCGACCUCGUGCUGCAAUGA